GCACAAUAGUAUACAGUGUGGUAUUCUGCGUGAAUACAGUGUGGCAUUCAGUGUGAAAUGUAGCUAGCUAACUAAGGUAGUUAUAUCGUUGUAGUAGCGCAGCAACAACCUGAACUGAAGAUACUCUCAUUCUUUUAGAAAACACUGUCAACUGAGAAUGGAAUAUUUACCCGACCAUAACUGCCGGUAUAAGGACGUGGGCUAUUGGGAUGAACGGUACAAGACGGAACAGUCAUUUGAAUGGUUCGGAGACUUUUCCAAGUUCCAGCAUCUACUGGAGCAGCAUGUCAAGAAGGAGGAUGACAUCCUUAUACUUGGUUGUGGAAACAGCUCUAUGAGUAGUGACAUGUACGACGCGGGCUAUCUCUCCAUCACCAACAUAGACUACUCCUCAGUGUGCAUCGACACCAUGAGUGCCAGACACCUUGCCAAAUGCCCCGGCAUGACUUGGCAUCAGAUGGACGCGCGCAAGCUGUCCUUUCCAGACGCCUCGUAUGAUGUGGUCCUUGAGAAGGGCACCCUGGACGCCAUGCUGGUGGAGGAGAAGGACCCGUGGAAUGUGUCCCAGGAUACGGCCUGUCUCAUUGACCAGGUGCUGAAGGAGAUCUGUCGUGUUUUAAAACCGGGAGGGCGUUUCCUGUCUGUAACCUUCGCACAGCCUCACUUCAGGAAGCGCCUCUAUGCUCGCCAUGACUACGGCUGGUCUGUACGCACCUGUAGCUAUGGAGAUGGUUUCCAAUACUUCCUAUAUGUGCUGACCAAAGGGGAGAAGCUUAGUCCAGAGGAUGCCGCACUGGAGAGAAGGCUAUUGGAGGAGGCCCAAGCCCUUCCCACUGAGGUCAGGACCCAAGAAUCAGACACUGAGGCCUUCCUGGAUAGUAUUGACCUAUAGGAGACGGGUACACCUGUCAUCAUGCCAACAGAAACACAAUGGAUGUAUAUCAAUGGACUCUAUAACAGAGCAUGUAACUUAACUUUUACUGUCUUAAAUUAUGCCUUCCAUGUUUUUAUCCUCUGUGUUCAUUAUAUACACUCACACACACACACACACACACACACACACUCAAAACUAACACACACGCCUGUUAGUUACUAUCCCAGCCUUCAAACCUGCUGGUAUCUGUAUAAGAAACAUCAGAUCAGAUUAAGCUAAGGGUUCUGUUGCAGCUUCAUUAUAGAGCACAGAGGCAUGCAGGAAGCCAAGGAGCCACGGCUGGCUAGAGGCACCAUUAAUAAAGUAGAAAUCAUUUAUUUUUCAUUCACAGCUGAAAUGUAAUUACUGUCUAUUUUUAAGACUUGAAAAAGUGCCUGAUUUUUUUCGAAGAUUGGCUUCAUGCUGCAAUUUUUUUACCUGCAACAAUUUGCUUAAAAUCGUUAUUUAUGGGACUGUUAAAAUGAUAAGCAAUAAAGACAAACUGCCAUUUA